GUAAGUAAUGCCCAUUUCGCGCGGGAGCUUGGCUUAUGAUUCUGCAGUUGUCGCCAUUAAUGCUAACCAGCAAGAUGUCGACACUACUGGACCUCCCAAAGCCUCGAAUUAACUGCUCUAUGUUGUCCAACUAUAUCAACAAACCGGUGUGCGUUGCCGGGCGUGUUGAAAAGGUGCACCAAAGUGGAAAAAGCUUCACUCUUGCUGACGGAGAAGGACAAACUACUACAGUUGAGCUAAAUGACCCCCUUGAAGAAGAGCUGUGUGGAAUUGUGGAGGUUCUUGGAAUGGUGUCCAACAAGGGAGCUGUGAUGGCCACCACCUUCAACAUGCUGCGAGAUGAAAAGGGGCUUAUUCCUUUUGACUUGGAAGUGUACAAUGAAGCUGUGAAGAUGAUCCAUGACUUCCCUCAGUUUUAUCCUUUUCAAGUGGCUACAAACGGAUAAGACUUCAUUCUUUGCCCUAGAAAAAUUAAAAUGCAGCAAAUUUGUUUAAUACUGUAGAUGUUCAUAGUUUAUAAUAAUCCUGCAGAAAUGUUAUUGACCGGUGUAAUUAUUUUUGAUAUCAAAGUUUCCCUUACAUGUAAUUGAUCAUGGGGCACCGCCAUGGCAAAAAUAAAAGCGGCCACACCUUAAAAGUAUGUUGUG